CCAAGAGACGCUCCAGCGCGAGUUCCUCAAAUGUUUUCCUGCGUUGCCAGGACCGUGUGCUGCUCUGAGUCAUGUGCAAGUGGGAAGUCGCACUGACACCGAGCGGGGCCACGGGGAGCUAAGCCGAGCGCCGCGCGGAGCCAGGGGACUGACUCUGAGUGUGUGCAGGGCGCCGGACCUGGUGGAUGGGGUCUUCCCUCAGGGCCUGAGCCCGCCCGCCGUCCCGCCCCCGCCGCCCGGUUCCCGCCCGCCCGUCGCCUUUCUGGGACCGUGGGGCACUAGCUGAGGAGGAAGCAUGCUGGCCGUCCACUGCGCGCUGCUGGCCGCCCUGCUCGCCGCGCCGGGGGCGGCGCUGGCCCUUGGCGACUGCCCAGCGCUUGAGGUGGCAAGUGAUGUGCUGACCAGCCUGCCCGGGAACAACGUUACCUUGACCUGCCCAGGAGACAAUGCCACUGAGCCAGAAGACAAUGCCACUGUUCACUGGGUGCUCAGGAAUCCCGGCGUGGGCUCACACCACAGCAGAUGGGCUGGCGUGGGAAGGAGGCUACUUCUGAGGUCGGUGCAGCUCAAUGAUUCUGGAAACUACACGUGCUACCGGGCCGGCCACCCCGCGGGAUCUGUGCACUUGCUGGUGGAUGUUCCUCCCGAGGAGCCCCAGCUCCUCUCCUGCUUGCGGAGGAACCCCAUCAACAAAGUUGUUUGUGAGUGGGAUCCUGGGAGCCCCCCCUCGCCGACGACCAAGGCCGUGCUGCUGGUGAAGAAGUUUUACUACAGUCCGGUGAAAGAAUUCCGGGUACCGUGCCAGUAUUCUCAAGAGUCCCAGAAGUUCUCCUGCCAGUUGGUGGUCCCAGAGGGAGACAACUCUUUCCACAUAGUGUCCCUGUGCGUCGCCAGCAGUGUUGGGAGCAAGUCCAGCAGCAUCCACUCGUUUGAGGGUUAUGGCUUCCUGCAGCCCGACCCGCCUGCCAACAUCACAGUUCACGCCGUGGCCGGGCGCCCCCGCUGGCUCAAGGUCGCCUGGCGAGACCCCUACUCCUGGAACACAACUUACUACAGGCUACAGUUUGAGCUCCGAUACCGGGCGGAACGGUCGAAGACAUUCACAACACGCAUGAUGAAGGAUCUCCAGUAUGACUGUGUCAUCCACGACGCCUGGGCCGGCAUGAGUCACGUGGUGCAGCUUCGGGCCCAGGAGGAGUUUCAGCAAGGAUCGUGGAGCGAGUGGAGCCCCGAGGUCAAAGGCAUCCCUUGGAUAGAAUCUAGAAGUCCUCCGGCGCAGCCCAAGGUGUCCACCACGCAGGCACCUACUACUACCACUAACGAGGAUGAUAAUAUUCUCCCCGGAGACUCUGCAAACGCGACAAGCCUCCCAGUGCAAGAUUCUUCUUCGGCACCACUGCCCACGUUCCUGGUGGCUGGAGGAAUCCUGGUCUUCGGUUCGCUCCUCUGCGUUGGCAUCGUCCUGAGGCUCAAGAAGACAUGGCAGCUGAAGUCCCUGAAAGAAGGCAAGACGAGCACGCACCCCCCGUAUUCUUUGGGGCAGCUGGUCCCCGAGAGGCCCAACCCCACCCCAGUGCUCGUUCCUCUCAUCUCCCCGCCGGUGUCCCCCAGCAGCCUGGAAUCUGACAACACCUUGAACCACAGCCGACCAGAUGCCAGGGACCCACGGAGCCCUUAUGACAUCAGCAACAGGGACUACUUCUUCCCCAGAUAGCUGGCCACGUGGCACCUGGCAGGCUGGGUGUCGGGCACGCCGGACCGUGUGGGUGACGGAGCACAAACGGGCUUAGCAAAAGACGCUUCCCACUGCCGUGCCAGCUCAUCUCAGGGGUGUGGAGCCUUUGGCUUCACUGUUUCAGAAGAGCUUCGCAGAAAGUUCUACGCUGGAUGAAAAAUGACUUCGCUUCAUCUGUUCAGAAGGAAGAGGUGGUUGGAUUUCCAAACCUCUCUUGCCAAAUGCCCUGCUUAAAGGUGUUAGAGUGAACUCAGGCCACCGUAAAGACAGCCACGUCGAGACUGUUGGACACUCAGAGGGGCGAAGCCAGGGAGGCCUCCGUGUGGGGAAGCUGGUCGCCUGUCCCGCCAACACCUGUCGGCAAGCUGUACCCUCGGGCAGGUGGGACAGGUGUUUCCAGCCAGAGACAGGUGUUUCCCCCAGUGGCCUCGCUCCUGGCCCACUGUGCCCGUUCACCUUCCAGCUCAAACUCUUGAAACCCAAGUGCCUUUCCAGUUCCAUUUUCUAGGCCUAAGGAUGGCUUUUUACUUAAGCCACAGAGGCGAGGGGGGAAGAGGCUCUCCCCUGCCUUCCUUCCCCACACUUGAAAAACAGCUGGGGGUGGGUGGGUGAAUAAUACAGUGUCUCAGGGCCUGAUGGUUUUAAAUGGAAUUAUAAUUAGUUCCUCAUUAGCAUUUUGCUAAAUGUGAAUGAUAAUCCCAGGCAUUUGCUGAAUACAGAAGCUACUGUAUUGGCUUUGGAUCUCAGGACUUCUGGAGGAGACAAGCAGAGAUGAGGGGGGCAGGGUCUCCAUGGUCCCCUGUGGUGGGGGAGCCGAGGAGGCUGCAGCCUCUGAAAACCAGGGUUCUCUGUCCCCCCCUACGGCCCCCACAGGAGAGCUGGUGACUGAGAGGGCUCCUGCCAGUGCGGAAAUCAAACGGUUUCACCCCAGCUUUGUUUUUUCAACUGAACUUGAGUAACUAAGGAAGACAAUGUGAAAAGAAAAAAAGAACCCGGCAAGAAUGUAUUUCGAUUUGGUUUUUAAAAAACUGCUGACUAUUUUUUUCUUCCAGAGUGUGGAAGAUCCAGUACUGGCUGGGUGUCAGUGUGUAAAUAACAUAGUAUCUUCGUUUAGCCCAAAACUGAAAAGGGAGGAGGAGAAAAAAAUUUUUUUCCCUACUAGAGAAGAGAUUCUGGUUUCAUUCUGUAUUUUGUUUUUGUCUUAAAAAGCGGAAAAAUAGCCUGCGUCUUCUCUGGGGGAAAGCAGCUGUGACUUCACAGCGCCCAGGCGGGUGCAAAGGAAAGGGUGUCUCAGUCUCCCUCCCACGAGUACCAGGCAGGGGCCUAGAAAUUCCCCGCCUCUGGCAGCCAGGGCCCUCCGUUAUCAAAGAGGAGGUUCUUUUAAAAAUCCCUCACCUCAGCGCCUUCCUCUUUUUCUUUGUUUUCCUGGAGUUUGAUUCAGCUCAGCUAGAAAUGAAGCACCGGCUAAAUGUCUAGCUGCGACAUCGUGACUAACCACUUCAGCUGAAUUUCUGUCCGGGCUUUGAACAUUCAGUGAUGUCAGUGGUUACCCAGACAGGCGCCCUCGGGUAUUGGGGUAUAUCCCAGCGUGGAGCUGUGAUUAAACUCAGUCAUGUAACCACGGACCCAAAUUUUACCAGACCACACAACUUUUCUAGUGGUCUGCCCUUUCAGAAAAACCGCCACCACCCCCACACAGGUGCAAAAGGAUGAAAACGACCAUGUUUUAUUUAUUGUUUGCUGAGUUCAAGCUGUUGCUAUCUUGAGCAAGUAGGGAUUUCCAUGAUUUUCAUUGCUGGCUUUGUACAUUUUCGACCCUGUUGCUGCUUCAGGCAACUCAUCUUAAGUUGACAAAAGUCAGGCAGGUGUUCAUGGUGGUGUUUUUUUUUUUUUUUCUAUAGAAAGUUUCUGGGACUUGAACAGCAAAAAUGCUUGUUAAAGGGAAAUAUUAAAAAUGAGAAUCUGCAUGAGAAAGGGUGAUUCUGUGCCCACGGUUCUUUAAUUCUUUACACCGUUUUACCCGCAUGUAAUAUUACCAAAGCCGGGCAGAGCGGUGCUAGUGGAAGAUGUGAAAUCCAGAUAGCUCAUUAUUGCCGAGAGCUAGGCAGCUUUGAUCUCCAAAUUGUUAUUGCUUUCAUUAUUAUUGUAACGGAACUGCCUUUUUUUUUUUGUAUUGAAGAAGGUUUUUUUUUUCCUUUCAUUUUUUUAUAAGCUAGUAUAAAUGAAGGAAGUGUUUGUCCUCUCUGGGCUGGAGGCUUUGCUCAUUGUACACA